CCACUUCCGGCUGGCUAAGGGAACGUGUCCCUGGGCGCUUGCGGGGGCCGCCUCUGCCGGGUCGGAAGUGCGGGCUGCGAGAUGGAGCAGGCCGAGGCGCACAACGGCAGCGGGGCGGCCGAAGCCCCCACGGCCGGCGCGCGGCCCCCGGCCACCCCGGAAGGCAUGGCGCUGGCCUACGGCAGCCUGGUGGUCAUGGCUCUGCUGCCCAUCUUCUUCGGGGCGCUGCGCUCCGUCACCUGCGCCAAAGGGAAGAAUGCUUCAGAUAUGCCGGAGACCAUCACCAGCCGAGAUGCGGCCCGUUUCCCGAUCGUUGCCAGCUGUACCCUCCUAGGCCUCUAUCUUUUCUUCAAA